AAAAAGAAUAUAUGAUAUACAUUACCAUGCAAACUUCCAACGAAAAUUGGUUUGAACCAGAUCUAGUAAGUAGUUUUUUUAAUACGUCAUAAAUGGUACGGAACCCUUCAUGGGCGAGUCCGACUCGCACUUGGCCGCUUUUUUAAUACACUUGCAGACCUUAGUUACAAAUUUUCACUUGAACUGGAAUACUAUUAAUUCAGCACUAUACACUACGUUCAGCGAUGACUUACAUUGCAAAAAUUAAUCACGACAACUCAUUUCAUAAAAAACACCCUCACAGUUGCAAUUUAAGUUGGAUUAUUUUGAUACAACUAAAUUUUAAGUGAAAAUACUGAUGAUGGCGGUUUUACUUUUUAAUUUUUUCUAUUAACGUCAGCCAACGUGGCAAUGAUAGUUUCAUUCAGCCCAUAAUUAAAAAAAUGUUUUAGUGAAAUAUCGCCACGGACUUAGAAAAUAAUCCGGAUAGUGUACAUUGGCCAAAAAAAGUGUGUCCACAUGAGAAGUCAAGGCGGGCCGUUGCAUCUCUUUCUAAUUAGGGUGACCAUGAGUUAUAUGUAUCUGGGAUAUUAGGAUAACGUGGAAUAUACCGGGUGAUUCAUGAGACGUGAGCAGGACUAAGCCUACACAAUCCGUGAACCGUUCAUCAUCAUAUUUAAGUAAAACAAUCUCGCUUUAUUUCUGUUAUUUAACUUUUUGGAAAGGACAAAUUUGAUAAUCUACAAUCAUGGACACCCUGCAACACUUAAUUAAGAAAGAUAAAACCUCUUUAACCGUUAUGACAGCAGUUUGAUUAUGAAGAAAACAAAAUGUCACACUUGAGUGAGAUACGAUUUUUCAAAAGUAACCAGACAUUCAUUUUGUCACUUGUUAUGGAUAAAACAAAGAGGGUGACCAUACAUGACGUAAAUAAAUUAAAACCUUUUUUUUUAAUAGUAAAAAAUAAAAGAAAGUUAAUCUCACAAAUACUGGUACGAAACAGUUGCUUAUAACUUACUGAAUGCUCAAGCUUGAUCCUGCUCACGUCUCCUGAAUCACCUUGUAUAAUUUGGCCAGGAUCUUUUCUCAUUCGUGCAUAGUCAGAGAGAAUCUAACUGUCUUUUCGCUGUGCUAGUAUUAUGCCCCCUGAAAAGUGAUGGAUAUAGUUUUUUCUCUUCAGUAAAACGCUUCACAAAACCUUACUUAAUUUAGUCGUCUUAAAAGCUGUUACUGAUAGGCGUACCGGACCGCCACCAUGAUCGAUCGUGAGGAAGGUGGUCCGCCGUAAAUUCUGUCAAGAACACAGGUAUGAGUAAGAGAGAGAGAGAUAUAUAGGACCAGGGUCGCGGUCCGCUCCGCCUUUUUAUUAUAGUUUUUAACCAGGGCGCUUGUCACUAGACCUUUUAUAUACCAACUACAUAUGUUGGAAAAUAAAAGAAAAGCAAUUAUAAACGAAUAUCUACCUACAAAUUGACUAGUUUUAGUCCUAAUGAUCCUAGGGAAUUAACAAAAUCACGAUAAACAAUGAUUUAUUAGCUGAUCUGUUUUAAGAUUGUCGUGUCAUUAAAUAUAAAGAACGGAAUCCCAACUCACUAACUCGUUUACAAACGUUCACCAUGUUGUUAUCACGUCUAUCAUUUCUCUGGAUAUUUCAAUUACCUUAUUCUGAUGCAAUAUUAGAAAUAAAUUUUGAGAAUAAUCAUUCUAUGGCAAAAGAAUGUAUCAGAAGUAUAAUUAAUGUGCAUUACAAGUAUGAAGUUUUGACGUUCUUUAAUUUUAAUGCAAGAAGCCCGGACAUUUUACAAGCUAUCCAUGAAACAAAUGCCGUCUCUAUUAUAACCAGAAGACCGCACAAGAAAAGUCCACUUCACAACAGAGGAUACCUCAUUUACGCAUUAAACGCUGACGACUUCUUAUCACAUUUCCCUUACUUGUUAGCGGAAGGUACUUGGAAGCCCGAUGCACCCUUUAUAGCCAUCAUGGAACGUCUGGAACUUGACAAGCUCCACCCCAUGUUUCACGAACUGUUGAGGGUCCAUGUCACAAAUGUAGUAAUCAUUGACGCACUCACGACUAAUGCGUACUCCUACGAUCCCUUCAGAAACCAUGGCUGCGGAAAACGUUUCGAUAUUAUUAUAGAAUUGGGCAAGUGCUUCACCCUCACCCCUCCUUAUUUCUUUUCAAAUCCUAGCAAAAAAAUUCUUCAAAACUGCACCUUGCAGGUGGCAGCGACCAAUUGGCCGCCUUUUACAAUUGAUCGUACAAAAAACGAUAUUAAAACGAUCGGAAUGGACGAAUAUAUUUUGUCUGUGUUGGGUGAGCUCGAAAAUUUUAAAGUCAAUAUAACUUAUUUUGACGAAUUGUCCGAUGUAGUAUCUGAUGUUUCGCGAGACAUGGUGGUGAGCGGGCCGCUGGGGUGGCUGCAGGAGAACAAGUUCGACGUGGUGACGGGAAGCCAGAUGCUCCUGCCGAACCGCGCCGAGGCAUUGGACUACCUCUACGGAAAUCUAAUAAUCGAAGACUAUUUUGCAAUAUUCGUACGAAAAUCUGGGUUGGUGCCUGGUUGGAAAUUACUUACACUAGCGUUCAGGCCCCUAGUUUGGGUGCUACUUUUGGUGACUUUCGUAAUAGUUAUUAGUCUAAUCAUUCUUUUAAGUAAAUCCAAAGAUAAAGUGGUAAUGAUAUUCUGUUUAAUAGACAACUUGUUAAUGCACACGUGUAGGAUUCAAAGAACAAACAGAAUACAGUACAUACUUUUUAGUUGGAUUAUAUUUGCUACUUUAAUGCCAUACCACUAUUUGUCUGUUUUAUAUAGUUUAACCACGAAACCAAUGUAUAAAUAUCAAAUCGGGGAGUUAUCGGAUAUAUCUAAGUAUGGAUUGCGACCCUGCAUAAGUGACGCGGUUCUAGUGAUGCAAAGAAUGAUAACAGGUAACAACACUGUACCUCUAUACGACGCGCCAUGGGAUCAGUCACUUCCGUGUGCCACAUUAAGUAGCAGCCUUGAAAAAGUGGCCAAAUCUGAUGAUAUGUUUACUGUGGUACCGUAUUAUAUGUACUAUACGGUGAAGUACGAUUACUACGACAAAUAUGGGCAAGAUCUUCUUUACCCGUUUCGCCAAUCUCUAGGCAAGAAAAUCAUCUACAGCAGUUUUAUGUACAAAGGGUUUCCUCAUCGCGAAAGAUUGUUUACGCAAACGACGCGGAUACACACCGCCGGUCUUACUCUGAAAGUAUUGCAAGACUAUGCUUUUCAGCAUGCAAGAAUAUUGUACAAAAGAAAACAACAAAGUAUAGGCUCCAGCAUGAUGAUAGUACCUUGGCAAAUCAUUGUGUCAGGCUCCUCCAUCAGUUUUAUGUGCUUCUUGGGAGAAAUAUUCACGAAUCGUUUGAAAAUCAACAGAACUUCAAACAUAAUAACAUUAUAAUUUACCUACUAUUGCUUAUAAUUAUGUGCCAGAGAAGCAUCUGCCAGAGAGAACUGGCGUAGAAUCCACCGGUUGCUUAGAAUAGGCCAAUCUUUUUUCCUAAAUGUACUCAGCAAAGUUUUUUUUAUUAUAUUUCAGUACAUAACAGUCUCAUUAUUAUUCUCAUUAGUCAAUUUUUUAUAAGUACUUAUUCGAUUUGUCGAUUAUUAUAAUAAAAAAUGUCCUCGUUGGGUUUCUUGAUGUGCUAUUUAUAUAAUUUUGUGUAAGUUAAUAGGAAUUUUAGUCCAUUCAUUCAUUCUUAACCCCUUUGACUAACUAGGGAACUUGAUUUUACCCCUCCUCGAUAAUUAUUAAUAUUCUUUCUUAUAGAUCUUUGUUUUCUUUGAUUAGCUUACCACCCCCAUAAAAUACCAGUUUUACCCUCAUGGGGAUAAUUACCCCCAAGUUAGGAACCACUGUUUUAAAA